AUGAUGGCCUUGAAUGAAAAAGAAAAGCAGAAUGCUCUUAAUGAAGAAGCAUUCUUUGAAGAUAGCUCUUCAUCACUCUGUUUGGUAAUGGAAUAUGCUAAUGAUGGAGAUCUCUAUGAAAAAAUCAAGAAUCAUACAUAAAAAAGAACUGUCAUGAGUGAAAAUAUGAUUUGGGGAAUCCUUAUUUCAAUGGUUAGAGCUUUAAGAAUGCUCCACUCGAUGAAAAUAUUCCAUAGAGAUUUAAAGUGUGCUAAUGUGUUUUUGUUUAAAGAUGGAACUGCUAAGCUUGGAGACUUAAAUGUUUCGAAAGUAGCUGCAAAAGGUCUUUUAUAUACAUAAACAGGAACCCCCUACUAUGCUUCUCCUGAAGUUUGGAAAGAUUCUGCUUAUGAUAGUAAGAGUGAUAUCUGGUCUUUAGGUUGUGUAUUAUAUGAAAUGACAACGCUCAAGCCUCCAUUCUAAGCAAAAGACAUGAAUCAGUUGUACUAAAAGGUGUGCAAGGGUAUUUAUCCUCAAAUACCAAGUAACUACUCUCAUGAAUUAAAUCAGAUGAUUAAAUCUCUACUAUAAGUCUCUCCCUCAAUCCGCCCAUCUUGUGAUACAAUCUUAAAAAUGGAAAUAGUUAAAAAGAGGUUACACCUGGCCCAAGGUUAAUACCAAGAAUAGCCUGAAAAUAUUUAGGAAUUAUACCUUAAUAUGGAUAACAAUAAUCUUCUAAGUACCAUAAAAGUUCCUAGAAACUUGGCAUAAUUAACAAAAAAUUUACCAAAAUCUAACUAUAUUUCAUCCAGAGAAAAGAUUAAGCAAAGUACUCAUAAGCACGAUCGCUUAUCAAGUGUACCCGCAUUAGAGGUUUUCCCAUAAUUAGUAAGAGAUUUGAGGAUUGGAAUUCAGGAUUCUGCCUCAAAAGCUGAUCAGAUUAUUAAUCAGAGCAGAAACGAAAAUAUGGAUGCAAAAAGAAUCAUUAUUUAGUAGAAAGUACUAAAUCAGAACUUAAAAGAUGAAAAAAUCAAUAUAAAUCUCAAUAAUAUACAACCUAAACAAGGAAAUAUUUAUCCAGACUAUUCAAAGAGUAGUUAGCAGAACAAAAGUGGUCAGAAAUUAAGUACCGAGCCAACAUCCCGAGAUUUAUCAUCAAAUAACAGAUUAAGCGAAUAUCUUAAAAACAGCUCUUAAUCUAAGUAAGCACAUCAUUAAUAAUCCUCAAGUGGACCUAAAAAAGACUUCUUUGCUGAAUUGAGAUUGCCAUAAAUCUAAGUAAAUUAAAGUGCAAUUAUGUUGAGCGAAUAAUCUAAAAAGAAUGAUGAGGGUCUUUUAAUUCAAAGACAAAAAAUUUUGGAUUAAGUUUAUAUUCACAGUAGGAGUGUCGUGAAUAGUGAAAUUUAAAGCUCAAUUAAGAAAAACUUAAGCUAGCCACCAGCAGAUAGAAUAGGACUUACAGGAUCUGAACAUAAGGGUAUGUUUAAACAAAACAAUGAGAAGAAUUUUCAGUAAGUUUAACCAAAGAAUCUGUUAUAAAAAGAUCUAAUGAUGAAACAAAGUCCUAUGAACAAUCUUUAAAAUGCUCAAGAACGAGAAAUAAGUAAGCGAAACAGUCCAUUUUGGUGA